CGAGCGCAGCGGAUACACUAGUCGACGCGUCGCCGUCGAGAGAUCAGUACGAGUCGAGCAUGCGGCCAGUGAAGGUCGGCCUGUCGUGCUCAACGCUCUAAGAGAAAAACUUUGAAACGGUGCUCGUCUCGCGAGACAGCACACGGACACACGCUCGAGCAUCGGCUCCGGAGCAGAGGACAAGAGCUCGAGUGCGAGCACGCACGAGUGUACCAACGACCGCAGCCGCACGAUACAGCCCACGAGUGUUGCGCGGAGGUGCGCGCGGUUUUUGUUUUUUUCUGAAAAAAGUGAUCUCCGGAAAGUGCGAGUGUGUCGUCGGCGUCGAAGCGCUGAGGCGCGCGCCAGACGGACAACAGUGUGACCCAGAGAGCAGAGGCCAUGGCUCGGCCCUCGUUCACGUGAUAUUCGCAGGCUGCAAGGGAAGCUGGCUCUCUCUCUCUCUCUCUCGCCCCGUCUCCGCUCGCGCUACCCUCCUCCUAGCGCAGCUUUCUGAGCCACGAUCUCAAGAUUAAGACGCAGGCAUGGCUCGAGCGAAGAACACAAGCUGGGCCCUCGGCGCGCUGGCCUGCUGCGGCCUGCUGUGCCUGCUGAUGGCGCGGGCCGCGAGCGCCUCGUGCCACUGGUCCACCGAUGGCAACGACACGCACUCGGCCGUCUGCAGCCUGCGCACCCUCGACCCCUCGGCCAUGGCGGCGCUCUUCCCCUCGCUGGACAGGAGCCUCAAGCUGCGACUCAGCUGCAGCAGCGUGCACCACUUCGAGAGCACGCUCUCCGGCGAGAGCUGGAACCGGCUGAAGGGCCUGCACGAGCUCAGCAUCGAGGGCUGCAAGCUGCUGCGCAUCCCCGACGCCGCGUUCCAGCCGCUGGCCGAUCUCAAGCGGCUGACUGUGCAGACCCUGAACGUCGAGUGGGGCGUCACCAGGAGCCUCGAGAUCGCCUCCGACGCGUUCGCCGGGCUGCGCGAGCUCCAGGUCCUCGAGCUCAUCGACAGCAACCUCAAGGCCCUGCCGGCCAACGCGCUCUGCGGCCUGAGCAACCUGCAAGUGCUCAACCUCACCGGCAACCAGUUCAGCAACGUCAGCGACGUCGGCUUCGCGGACAACCGGCCCGGCCGCGACAACUCCAGUCGCGCCGACUGCCACGCGGACAUCCGCGCGCUCGACCUCUCGCGCAACGAGCUCCGCAGCCUGCCCGACGAGAGCUCGCUCUCGAGCCUGCGCCAGCUGCAGGAGCUCAUGCUCCAGCACAACUUCAUCGACGCGGUGACCAGCGAUGCGCUCACCGGCCUCACCAACCUGCGCGUCUUCAACGUCAGUUACAACAACCUCAACUCGCUGCCGAACUCGCUGUUCGCGAGCACGCGCGACCUGCAAGAGAUCCACCUGCAGUUUAAUCAGCUGCGCGAGCUGCCGCGCGGCACCUUCACCCGGCUCGAGCACCUCCUCGUGCUGAACCUCGCCGGCAACCGGCUCGGCAGCGACUUCGUCAACGAGACCACCUUCCUCGGGCUCAUCCGGCUGAUCGUCCUCGACCUCUCCUACAACCAGCUCACGCACAUCAGCGAGCUCAUGUUCAAGGACCUCUUCUUCCUGCAGAUCCUCGACCUGCGGAACAACUCGAUCAGCCACAUCGAGAGCAACGCCUUCCGGCCGCUCUACAAUCUGCACACCCUCGAGCUCUCGGACAACCGGCUGCACGCCAUCGGGCCCCAGCUCUUCAACGGGCUCUUCGUGCUCAACCGGCUCACGCUCUCGGGCAACCUCGUCUCCAGCAUCGACCCGGUGGCCUUCCGCAACUGCUCGGACCUCAAGGAGCUCGAUCUCAGCGGCAACGAGCUGACCAGCGUGCCCGAGGCGCUGCGCAACCUCAACUUCCUCAAGACCCUCGACCUCGGCGAGAACCGCAUCAGCGAGUUCCACAACGGCUCCUUCCACAACCUGCACCAGCUGACGGGCCUGCGACUCAUCGGCAACGAGAUCGGCAACUUGACGCGCGGCAUGCUCUGGGACCUGCCGAACCUGCAGAUCCUCAACCUCGCGCGCAACAAAGUGCAGCACGUCGAGCGCGACACCUUCGAGCGCAACAGCAAACUCGAGGCCAUCCGGCUCGACGGCAACUUCCUCUCCGACAUCAAUGGCGUCUUCGCCAGCAUCGCGAGCCUGCUGCUGCUGAACCUCUCGGAGAACCACAUCGAGUGGUUCGACUACGCCUUCAUCCCGAGCAACCUCAAGUGGCUCGACAUCCACGGCAACUUCAUCGAGAAGCUCGACAACUACUACAAGAUCCGCGACCAGAAGGUGCGCACCCUCGACGCGAGCCACAACCGCAUCACCGAGCUCACGCCGCUCUCGGUACCCGACAGCGUCGAGCUGCUCUUCAUCAACAACAACUACAUCACCAAUGUGCGGCCGAACACGUUCACGGGCAAGGUCAACCUGACCCGCGUCGACAUGUACGCCAACAUGAUCGAGAGCAUGGAGCUGACCUCGCUGCGGCUGACCCCCGUGCCCGAGGGCAAGUUGCUGCCCGAGUUCUACAUCGGCGGCAACCCCUUCAACUGCAACUGCUCGAUGGACUGGCUGCCGGUGAUCAACAACAUGAGCGCGCUGCGCCAGCACCCGCGGGUCAUGGACCUCGACAACGCGAUGUGCCGCGUCUCCGGGCCCCGGGGCACCGCCAUCGUGCCCGCCUCCAUGGCCAAGCCCGACCAGUUCCUCUGCCGCUACGAGGCCCACUGCUUCGCCCUCUGCCACUGCUGCGACUUCGACGCCUGCGACUGCGAGAUGACCUGCCCCUCGGACUGCAAGUGCUACCACGACCAGACCUGGAACACGAACGUCGUCGACUGCUCGGGCCUGGGCACCCGCGAGAUCCCCCGGCGCAUCCCCAUGGACGCCACGGAGGUCUACCUCGACGGCAACGACCUGCACGAGCUCCAGAACCACGUGUUCAUCGGCCGCAAGAACAUGCGCGUGCUCUAUGUGAACGGCAGCGGCAUCGAGUCCAUCCAGAACCGCACGUUCAACGGGCUGAACAACCUGCAGGUGCUGCACCUCGAGGACAACCGCAUCCGCGAGCUCAAGGGCUUCGAGUUCGAGCACCUGGCCCACCUGCGCGAGCUCUACCUGCAGAACAACCUCAUCAACUACAUCGGCAACCUCACGCUCUUCCCGCUGCGCUCGCUCGAGGUGCUGCGGCUGCACGGCAACCGGCUGGUCACCUUCCCCGUCUGGCAGGUCAGCCUGAACGGCCGGCUGAACGAGCUCUCGCUCGGCGGCAACCCCUGGUCCUGCCGCUGCAAGUUCAUGCAGGAGCUGACCUCCUGGGUCUCGGACAACGCGCACAAGGUCAUCGACGCCAGCGACGUGUGGUGCUACAACAACGAGGCCCGGCCGGCCUACCGGCGCCGGCUCAACGUCAACGAGACCGCCUGCUCGGACUACUUCGCCCAGGGCGGCGUCAUCGAGAGCAUCAUGGUCUCGGACUACCUGCCCAUGGUCGCGGCCACCCUCUCGGCCAUCCUGCUGCUGCUCGUCCUCGCCGUGCUGGCCUUCAUCUUCCGCGAGCCGGUGCGCACCUGGGCCUACUCGCGCUACGGCGUGCGCUUCUGGGCCAAGGCCGCCGCGCCCGAGGACAAGGACCGCCUCUACGACGGCUACGUCUGCUACAGCCCCAAGGACGAGGAGUUCGUGCUGCACAACCUGGCGGUCGAGCUGGAGCACGGCGUCGCGGGCCUGCAGCUCUGCCUGCACCACCGGGACCUGCCCUGCCUGCGCGCCGCGGCGCCCGUCGUUCUCGAGGCCGCCGAGGCCUCGAAGCGCGUGGUCAUCGUGCUGACGCGCAACUUCCUGCAGACCGAGUGGUCGCGCUUCGAGUUCCGCGCGGCGCUGCACGAGGCCCUGCGCGGCCGGCCCGGCCAGCUGCUCAUCGUCCAGGCCGGGCCCGUCGGCCCCGAGGCCGAGAACGACCUCGAGCUUAGGCCGUACCUGCGCACCGCCGUCAUCCUGCGCUGGGACGACAAGAGGUUCUGGGAGCGGCUGCGCUACGCCCUGCCGGCCGGCGACGCGCUGCGCCGCAAGUCCUCCUCGCUCUACAGGCGCAACGUCAAUACCUACACGCUCGAGGGCCGGCCCGAGAAGGCCGGGGGCGCGAGCCUCCGGGUCUCGGAGCACAUCGCCGCGGGCCACCACCCGCUCUUCAAGGACUCGGCCGAGCUGAUGCAGGCGCCGCCCGCCUACUCGAGUACGGCGACCAUCGGCCACCACAACAACGCGGCGACGCUGGGCCUGGGGCCGCGCGCGUCCGAGGCCGCCGCGCACCCGGGCCGCGAGACGCCGGCGGGCGGGCCCAGCCCGAGCCCGCGGCUCACCAUGAACCGGGCCUACCAGGAGCCCUCGAUGGACGGGCCGCACGACGCCAGCAGGCGGCCGCUCUCCGAGCACAUCUACUCGUCCAUCGACUCGGACUACUCGACCCUCGAGCGCAACGCCUGGCGGCAGCACAACCAGCAGCACCAGCACCAGCACCAGCACCAGCUCCACCAGCACCACCAUCCGCAGCAGCAGCCGCCGCCGCAGGCCGGUCAGGCCUACCUCGUCUAGUUGCGAGCGCUGCUGCCUCGCCCGAAGACGAACCGUUACACGCGCUCCCGUUUCUCUCAUGUAUACUGUGCGCGCUUGAGUUUUUCAGUUCCGCGAUUCACGAGUGUAUUAUCACCUUCGCCGCUGUGUGUGCGAAAACGAGGCGUUCGCGAUCAGUGUUUGCCUACUGCGAAAAUAUGACUGUGCUUGGUUCGAGUCGUCGCGACGGAAGUUUCCUAUGGACUGAUAAGCGGUUCGCCGAGUGAGAAAAUUGUACGCGUCUUUCGUUUUUCCGCAUGUCGCGACGGACCCUGCGAAGAGCCGAUGGCCUACCUCGCCAAACUGUGUGAGUGCGAGUGCAAACGCUUCUACUUAAGGAAUAAAGCUCAUUCUAUAUUAUUACUCGUAUCUAAAUGCUUGAUGGAUGGUGCGUCGCGGGCGAGACGGCGCCGCCUCGACCACGGCGGGCUCCGGUCUCGGGCCGCGCGCACACGCGCUCGGCUGUACAUACUUAUUUAAAAGCAACUAAUUGAGCGUCUACGCGAGAGAGAUUCGGCAUAUUGUAAAUGUUUCUCCGAUUGAGUGUGCGAGAGAGCGUGUGUCUCCGCGAGUGAGAAUCGCAAGCGACGUUGCGCGGAGACGAUACUAUGUGUGUGCUUUUGGAGUUUGACGUGCGAAUUCUCGUAGGAAAGUCUUGGUACUUUAGAUAGGCAAUUUUUUAUAAUUUUAUAUUGACUGCUGAACGAAGGCUGUUGUACAAUAUGUAAAUAUGUAUUUACCGAAUAAUCUUUCGCCUCGUGUAAGAUAUAUUCUCGACUUUAGGUUCUGUCUCGAAAGAAAAGCGCGGAAUAAGCGAAUCCGCAUGUAAAACGAUCAGGCAAGAUCACAUGCGUUGCGUGUAUGUAUGCACACGCGAUUGUGUAUAUACAUACAGACACAAUAUUUGCUAAACUCCAAUAAUUUAAUUUAUGUGAAUAAAUUUAUAACUUACGUUAUUGUUUCAAAGUAAA